CGAGGGAGAAGAAAGAUAAAAACUGGGCGAGAGAACUUGGCAUUUUGGAUAAGCUCUUUCCCUCAAAAAAUUUUAACCUUUUUUCAAUUCAAUCGAUAGAAUGAUUAGCAAGCAAGAUAGGAAUGUGGAGUGAUUGAGGGACGGGGGAGAGAUUACAGAGGGAGAUCUUCUCUCUCUCUCUAACUAUCCUUCUUUCCCAUCACUUCAAUGGAUGUCUCAAUCACAGCCACCCCUCUCUGCCCCUUUUUCUUCUCCUUCCUUUCUUCUAGUCCAAAUAAACUACAAUACCCACAUACACCCAACCUGAAAGUAAUUGGGUUUUCUUCAUUUUUAAUCAUGGGUUCUCAUUAUUCUUAUUCUAAUCUUGUUCUAUUAUAAAAACACUUGUUUUUCCAGAUUUUGCAGAACAUUUCAUCCAAUGAUGCUUCUCAAUACCUGCAUUUUCUUAAUAUGUCUCUUCUUCAUCUCUUUCUUUCCUCCUGUGAGAGGAAAAGAUAACCUCAAUUUCACCCUCCUACACCAGCAUCCAUACCCUGAAGAUGUUGUUCAAGAUGUGCAGAGGAAAGUCAAUGCGUCACUAUCAAGAAGACAUCUUCUGUCUCUCCAAGCAAAGGACCAACAAUGCCUUACCGGAAACCCAAUCGACGAUUGUUGGCGGUGCGACACAAACUGGGCAAGCAACCGCCAACGCCUCGCCGAUUGCUCAAUAGGGUUCGCACAGGGAACUCUAGGAGGUAAAGGCGGCCAGAUCUAUGUUGUCACCGAUUCCUCCGACCGGAACCCAGCAAACCCCACUCCGGGAACUCUUCGUCACGCCAUCAUUCAGAACGAACCACUCUGGAUUGUCUUUGCCUCAAACAUGCUCAUCAAGCUGAAGCACGAGCUCAUCUUCAACAGUUACAAGACCAUCGAUGGCAGAGGCGUCAAUGUCCAAAUUACCGGCAAUGGUUGCUUCACCCUUCAAUACGUGUCCCACAUUAUCAUCCACAACAUCCAAAUCCACCACUGCAAGCCUUCCGGUAGCACAAUCAUAGCCUCUUCCCCUACCCACAUAGGCUACAGAGGCAAAUCAGACGGCGAUGGCAUCACCAUCUUCGGGGCCCAGAAAAUCUGGAUCGACCACUGCACUCUCUCUUACUGCACAGACGGACUAAUCGACGCCACAAUGGGGUCGACGGGGAUCACGAUUUCGAACAGCUAUUUCUCGCAUCACAAUGAGGUUAUGUUAUUGGGUCACGAUGACAGAUACGUCGUGGACACCGGAAUGCAGGUGACGAUAGCGUUCAACCGAUUCGGUGAGGCGCUGGUGCAGCGAAUGCCGCGGUGCAGACUCGGGUACAUCCACGUCGUCAACAACGAUUACACGUCGUGGGAAAUGUAUGCUAUUGGCGGUAGCGCUAAUCCUACCAUCAACAGUCAGGGUAACCGAUACAUUGCUCCGGCGAAUCCUGAUGCUAAAGAGGUAACGAAGCGCGUGGACACAGACGAGAAGCAAUGGACGGGUUGGAAUUGGAGGACGGAGGGGGACUUGAUGGUAAAUGGAGCCUACUUUGUGCCUUCCGGGGCUGAGUUCACGGCCCAGUACGCCAAGGCCUCCAGUGUUGAGCCCAAAUCGGCCGGUCUCAUUGAACGGCUCACUAUGAACGCCGGUGCUUUUGGUGGGCCCAGGUACAACAGUGAGAACAACUAUAGUCCAGGAACCAUCACUGAUGGCACCAACAGCAACAGUGGGUCCAACGGCGACAGUGGUGGUGAAUUCUUGGGAAUGAUAUUCGGCAGCGUCGCGCCACCGUCGUCCCCACCACCACCACCGACAUUAGCAAUACUUUUGUCCUUUGUAAUUAUUUUAAUUUUGUGCUCAACCACCAUUAAUGGUGCUCCUCAAUUGUCAUUAUAGAACAUUGAAACACAAGGAAAAUCAUUGAGAUUGAGAAGGUACAAAAGAAAUAGGCUAUUAGUCUUAUAUAGCAAUACCCCACUUUUUUUUC